UCCCCUUCUAGCCCCCUUUCCUCCCGUGGUCUUCUCUUCCUCCUCCACAGUCCCAAAUACUCAUCGUUCUCCACCUGCUAAAGUGACGCUGUUGUGAGAUACUGCAGGCAAACAUGGCCGCUACUGGAUCUUUCCGUGUGGUGUCAGAGGACGAGCAGGCCAUGAGAUCCAAGCUGGAGCAUCUGACAGUGAAGGAUCAUGGGCCCGUGUUUGGGCCAUGUCACAAAAUGCCAGGCCACACCGCGCAAAAGGCUAAAGAUGAGCUGAACGAGACCGAGGAGAGGCGGAUGUUGUCCCUCAAGGAUCUGCGCGUCAUGAUGAAGGAGAGGGCGGCCGAGGGAGAUGACCUGGCCAAACUGGUGCUGGAGCGUUUCGGGGACAAGCCCGACGCUCUGCUCCUGCGCUUCCUGCGAGCCCGCAAGUUUGAUGUUGUCAGGACGCAUGAACUCAUGAAGGGUUACGUGCGCUUCAGGAAGGAGUACCCUGAGUUGUUUGAGAACCUGACGCCCGAGAUGGUCCGCAGCACCAUUGAGUCGGGCUACCCCGUGGUUCUGCCCAGCAGGGACAAAUACGGCCGUGUCGUGCUGCUCUUCAACAUUGAGAACUGGGACCUGGACGAGAUCACCUUUGAUGAGAUUCUAAGAGCGUACUGUGUGAUCCUGGAGAAGUUGCUUGAGAAUGAAGAGACCCAGAUCAAUGGCUUUGUCCUGAUUGAGAAUUUCAAGGGCUUUACCAUGCAGCACGCCUCCGGGAUUAAGCCGGCUGAGCUCAAGAAGAUGGUGGACAUGCUGCAGGAUUCGUUCCCCGCCCGUUUCAAGGCGGUUCACGUCACCCACCAGCCUUGGUACUUCACCACUACAUACAAUGUGGUCAAGCCUUUCAUGAAGAGCAAGUUGCUGGAAAGGGUUUUUGUUCACGGGGACGAGCUGGACAACUACUUGAAAGAAUUUGAUGCCGACAUUCUUCCUGCAGAUUUUGAUGGGAAAGCUUGUGUGGCGGACUGCCAGGCUAUCGCCAACAGGCUUUUCGGCUCCGAGGACACGGCUCUCUGAACCAGGAUGGCCUUCAUCGCAGAUGAUGAUCAAAUAGCCACUCUGAUUUGAAGCGAUAGCACGAAUCUCUCUUUUUUUUUUUUAAUCCGUAAGGCAGCGCUGAGCAGAAAAGUAUUUAGUUAGUAGAAGAUGGUUUGCCGUGAUAAUUGAUAUGGAUGUUUAGAUAUUGCAGAAAGAGUUGUUUGAGAUGUGCAGCAGAUAUUUCUUUUUACUGUUCAAACAGAGGAGGUGCGUUCACUGUUUGCCUUUCCAACUUGAAGAAUAUGUGCCGACAACUCGCCAGAUGAAUGCUAAGAGAAAAUAAAGUGGUUCUAAUGCAGGAUACCAUAAGAGUACAUGAGAAGGGUUAUAAAGUGGUUACAAGUAAACCUGCGUGGUAUUAAACGAUAUAUUGUCCCAGUGGCUUUUUUACUCUUCAGAUAAUUUCAUAGCAACAAUUAAUUGCCCGGAGCACUACAAAUGUCUUUUGUAAUUUGCAGUGGAUUUAUAAGUAUAUUCAUUAAAAAAAAAAAACGUUUUCUGGCUGUAAUAUAAUGUGUCAGGAAAUUGCAAACACAUUGUUGAUGUCAGAAUCAUGACAGAGUCUUGCACAGUUUCUGAAGGUUUUUGGGUAAGAAAAAAAAAAAAACACCAGAAAAAGUGUUUUUGUUGGACAAAAUUUAUUUUAACCACAAUUCCUUAUAUAAUGAUUCUUGAAAAAGAAAACAAGGAAAUAAAAAAUGAUCCAGUGUCCAAAAUGAGAAAAGAAUGUGUACAGCUUUCUUAUCAUUUUCACGUCCCUUUAUGGUAUUUCAGCAUGAACAACAAAAAGAACAUUAAAGCUGUAUAUUUACUGUGGCUUAUUGUGACGGCGAGCUCUCAACCACAUACUGAAAAAAAUGGUGACUCCAUCCAAGCUGAGUGUUUUUGGAAUCUAGUUUUGAAUUAUUCAUUUGCCCUAAAAAAA